AUGUCUUUUCCUCUAGGCUGUAUCGCCUACCCAGCGGCCAUUGCGCCGGACGGCAGCACAACUUUUUGCUCAGACAGGCCCAGUACCUCCAGGUCGACGCAGCAAGCCUUGCAGUCGCACUCGCAAUCCGUCCAGUCCAAGUCUUUCGAGACCAGCAGGUCCAACUCGGUCAAGCGGCCCAAGUCUGCAAAGAGGAACUUGUCAUCCAGGGCUUGGGUCUCCCUCACUCGAGAACGAAGAGAGUCCACCACCGAGGAUAUAGUCCAGACAUCAUUCGUUCAGCGAGAGGUAUCGCCACAAGGCAGCGGCCGGCCCUCACCGCACGACUCAUUCGACCUCCAGUACUCUCUACCUCGCAGCAAAGACACAUCACGCCCUAAGCACGUUCCUAUUGUUAUCCCGGACGAAUAUUCCUACUUACCGCCGGCGCUGUCAGAGUCGGUAUCUAGAUCCCAUCGCUCCUCAGUCUUAGCUGGCAAUCGAUCGCCAACAUAUAGCACCGCUCCGAGCACCUCGUCGCACGAGCAUCGCCCGCAAAGUGCUCGCUCAUCGCCAAGGCAUGUGGAGAUAAAGAUACCUGACUGGGCGAAUCCGGGUCUCAGAGAGCGCGACAAUAUUUGCACGCUGCCACUACCCAUUGCCAAACCUAUUGCUCUGCAGGAUCCCUUCAUCGACGUAUCAAAGCUAUCGCCACCAGACAUGUCUGAGGCAACACCCGAAUCAAGCAGAGCCAACACCAUGGACUCACACACUUCACGGCCUUCACCUGAGCGGCUGUAUGCUGGACGAGGAGACAACACGUCAAAUGCCGCUCUGAGCUCCUACAGCAGUCAGACCAGUCUCGUCGGCAUGCGCUCUGAGUACGAAUCGACGUCGGAAGCCGAAUCUACCACAGGCGAUGAGGCGUCUGGUUCGCAUACUCCAUUACAAAGCGCGUCUGGGAGCACUCAGAACCUGCACGCGGUCGGCGGUAAUGCAUCGAACCUAUCUGGUCUGGUGUGCAAUGUGCACAGGACAACUGGCAAAGAACCACAUCCACUUGUCGGAGCAACCACUACCGUUCUAGGCGACAAGUUGUAUGUUUUCGGGGGUCGACGUCUUUCGAGGACGAAGCCGCAGCUGACCGCGAACCUGUAUGAGCUCGAUCUGAUCAGGCGGCAUUGGAUCAAGCUCGACACUAAAGGCGACAUUCCACCACCAAGAUACUUUCACAGUGUGUGCGCACUUGGAGACACCAAGCUGGUAUGCUAUGGUGGCAUGUCGCCAGCUCCGAAUCUUGAGGUCACGGCUGAAGCGCAGCCAGAGGUGAUCGUCAUGUCAGAUGUGCACAUCUACGAUGCGCCUACGCAGACAUGGACAAAGGUCAAUACGCCAGACGCUCCUCAAGGCCGGUAUGCGCAUUGUGCAGCAAUCUUGCCAUCCUCAGCGUUCUUCGCGUCCCCAAACGCGCCAUUGUCAGCUGUCCACCACAACCCUGCCAGCGCACAGCCAAACCAAGGCACGUUGGGCAUCAAUCUUGACGGUACCGGAGGUGCCGAGAUGGUGGUGGUUGGUGGCCAAGAUAGUGCCAAUCAUUACAUCGAGCAAGUCAGUGUGUUCAACCUGCGCAGUCUCAAGUGGACUGGUACCACAGGUAUGGGACGUAGCUGUGGUGCAUAUCGAAGUGUCGUGACGCCCUUGAGUUCGAUGAGUGCGGCUCAGAUUGGCGCAGGACCUCACGCUCAGCGCGAACUGGACGAUGAAGAUGAGGAGCCGUCUGCCAUUGGUUCUGGCUCUCCCAUGCUGAUAUACUCAAAUUACAACUUCCUGGACGUCAAGCUCGAGCUUCAAGUCCGGCUAACAGAUGGAACCUUGACAGUGAAGCCGAUGCAGACAGCUGUAUCACCCCCUGGCCUUCGUUUCCCCAACGGUGGAGUCAUUGACAACCAUUUCGUCGUGUCCGGCACAUUCUUGACAUCGUCGAAGCAGGAAUACGCAUUAUGGGCGCUCGAUCUCCGAACUCUGACCUGGAGCCGGAUCGAUGCUGGGGGCAGCAUUUUCAGCCAAGGAAGCUGGAAUCGUGGUGUUUUGUGGAGCCGCCGGAACUCAUUCGUGAUAUUGGGCAACCGAAAGCGAAGUCUGGUGGAUGACUACAACAACCGCCGAAUCAAUUUCUCCAACAUCUGCGUUGUGGAGCUUGAGGCUUUCGGCCUUUACGAGAAUCCUCGAGUAGCAGAACCAACUUCGGGCUACAUUUCCUCCAGCGCAGCCUCCAUCAUCUCAACCGCAAGCAAAGACGAUCCUGGUUUCGGCCGACUUCUGAGCUCUGCGGCGGAGGACAUUGGCAGCCUCGCCUUGAACGUUCGAGAAUUAGCAGACAUGGACUUCCUCGCCAUAGAUGGAACGCGAGUGCCGGUGAACUCGAGACUGAUCUCUCGGCGCUGGGGUCCCCACUUCAUAACACUGUUGCGGGAAUCGUUGGUGUCAUCGACAGAGAACGAGACUUCAACGUUGCGACCUAGCAUCUCCGCCAACCCAUCACGCAAUUCGAGCAUAACAAUCACACCUUCCGUCGACUCGGCAGGCACCACACUCACAAACAACAGCAACACUAGCGGUCAACUGCACGACUUACCUGAUACGCGCUCUGCUCCACCGUCCGGUCGCCCAAGGUUGCUCUAUCUGCCUCAUAGACCAGAGACACUGCAGACUCUCCUACACUAUCUCUACACUUCGACAUUACCAUCUGCGCCUCAUCCACUGGCGACUCCACAGAUAUUCUGCUCGUUACUGCAGCUUGCGCGACCAUACAAGAUAGAUGGACUGCUGGAGGCUACGAUAGAGCGCCUGCAUAAUAACCUCGAUGGCCGCAACGCCGCUGCCAUAUUCAACGCAGCCGCGAUGGGUGCCGGAGGAGGUGACAGUGUGCACUUUGCGACUAACACUCGCAGCAUUGCCCAGAGCGACAUACCAAUCCGCACUGCGAGCCUCGCAGGUCUCGAAGGGCUAUUGUCGAAUGGUGCUCCUCGUGCUACUGGUCUGCGCAUCGACACCGACAUGGCGAACGGCAGGAACACGAGGAACACUUUGCGUCCUGGACAAACCGCAGCUGACGACACUGAUGACGACGAGCCGCCAAUGAGUGCUGCCACUGAUGCCAGUUUCAGCGAGAAUGAACUGACAGCAGGCUCGCGAAGCUUCACUGGUAGAUCAAAGGAAGAUCAGCAGGUAUGGACUGGCGCGAUGAGUGCUGUCGUUGGGCUCCAAAAGAGAGGCCUUCGAGGCCUGAUGGAAGGCCGUCGCAUGCGUGAACGCGGCUUUGAAGGCCAGAGAGUGGGACUUGGCAUUGCUUAG